CAGAUUGAAACCGUUGCAAGGUGAUUGAGAUGCCGUAAACAAGUCCUGUCGAACGUAAAAACCAGACAUUUGAACGAUUAUUACAGAAUCUAAUUUGAAAUGUUAAAUAGCCAUCGGUAAAAUUUCAAAAGAGUGACUGAGAAGUAGCAAAGUGAGAGAAAGACAGACCUCAUUUACAUACAAGCAGCACUUUUGUCCGUUUCCCCCUCCCCACAGCCCCCUGGGGGGUGGUCCGCCCCCCUCACCCACUCACUCAUCUACUUGAGACACUUUCUGUCACAGAAAGUAGUAAGUAGUCGCUGGAUUAUUUGUCUAGGAGGCCUCCACUAGUAGUAGUGUUUUCUUUGUUGCUUAGUUGACAUAGUUUGCAUCCAUCAAAUACCUAUCUACAGGCAUUACACUAAAUGUGUAUUCACUUUGCUUAGAAAAAUAUAUAGUUAUACAUACCAACAGUGUGUUUAGACAGAAAUAUCAAGUUGUGAAUUAUGGCAUUCACAAAGCAAUGGAAAGGCAGAGGACUAAUCGUCUGCAUGGUGCUUAUCAGCAUUUUCCAGAUGGCAUCUCCUUAUAAAAUAUCUAGAGAUGUGGAGACGUGCCUGCCAGGGGAGCUGGUGUGGGUGAAAUGCAACUUAUGCCUGUGCAACCUGGAAGGACAGCCGAAUGCAGUUUGCGCCAAGAUGUGGUGUCAGCCUACGCCCAAGUAUCACUAUGACGGCGACGAUGUUGACACCAGAGAAAUCGUCAACUAACUUCAUCUCAAAAUGGUCACUUAACCUCAAUCAUUCAUUGUAUAUUUAUAUCCCAUCAAAUUCUUCCAAAUUAAAUUUGUCACUCAGCUAAACAGUUACAUUGAUGUGUGAGUAUGACAGUGUAUUAAAACAAUGUCAAAUUCCUUCAA